AUGGACAACAAACCGACCGGAAAGAGACUGCUUUUUCUCGACCACUACGCAGCACUUGCAGCAGAAGGAUUGGCCAUGAGGGAAUUAGCUCUCCUGAAGUGUAGAGAACUUGGCCUCCCCAAGCUUAGAUGUGAAUCGGAUUCUGCUAUCCUGAUCAAAGCUAUUAAUCUCAAGUCCCCACUUGUUGGUUUGUAUGGCAUUUUAGCUGAUAUUUUCUCCAUUGCCACCUCUUUUGAAUUCAUUUCGAUUACCUGGAUCUCGCGUGAGAGAAACAGAGUUGCGGAUGAAUUGGCAAAGAAUGUUUUAUCUUCGAAGCUGACCAAUAAGGCAGCAACAAACUCUGUUUAG